AUGAUCCAGCCUCUGGACGGUACCGCGACAAACGGCCAUGCCGAGCAUCCGGGUCUCCUGCCACAAUGGCACUCACAGCCCAGAAAGCUGCGGAUCAUUCACAUCGGGGCAGGCGCUACCGGAUUAUGCGCUGCCUGGAAGAUGGAGAGACAAUUGACAGACUACGAAUUGGUCUGCUACGAAAAGAACGCUGAUAUAGGUGGCACAUGGCUUGAGAAAAUCCAGCAAUAUUUCGUGAAUUUUGCCAAGAAGUACGACUUGAUGAAAUGGGUGAAACUCCAGCACAGAGUUCUGAGUGCCGUUUGGCAGGAAGAUCGGGGCCAAUGGGAAGUUACAGUUGAGCACAACGGUGAGACUUUUACGGAUUUCUGUGAUAUCCUUCUCAACGGUUCCGGCUUGCUGAACAAGUGGCGAUGGCCCAAAAUUGAAGGUCUUCAUGAUUUCGAAGGCCCUUUACUGCAUUCAGCAGCCUGGGAUGCGUCUGUUGACAUGAAAGGCAAGAGAGUGGCCGUGCUAGGAACUGGAUCAUCAGCUAUUCAGAUCACACCUCAAGUGCAGAAAGUGGCAAGUCAUCUGAAAUGUUUCAUGAGAUCAACAACCUGGAUCUCACCACCUAUGCAAAGAAUGCCAGUUGACCUCGGAGUGGGGAAGCCAAAGGGUGAGGGCUUCGACCACAUCGAUCCCGAAACCUUGAGAGACUACGACAAUGACGACCCAAAUAUUGCGCAAUACUUCUACAAACCACACGAGAUCGAAGCACUUCGGACGAAUCCAGAGUUGCUGCUCAAGUACAGAAAAACUAUUGAGUUUGAGAUUGGCAAAGGAUUUGAGAUUUUCUACAAAGACAGUCCGGCAUCUAAGAUGGUCAAGGAUUACAUGGUAAUGAGUAUGAAAAGCCGAUUGGAGAAUCAUCCAGUGCUCUGCAAAAAAUUAAUCCCAAGCUGGGAUGUAGGCUGCCGCCGUCUCACGCCCGGCGAUGGUUACCUUGAAGCGUUGAUCAAGCCUAAUGUGGAACACGUCUUUGACGAGAUAUCACAAAUAACCCCCAAGGGUUUACGGACAGCGGACGGAAACUUCCACGAGGUAGACGUUAUCGUUGCUGCUACAGGUUUUGAUAUGGCCUGGACACCUCAUUUCUCGCUCAUCGGUCGAGGUGGUGUCAAUAUCAAGGAUAAGUGGUCACCAGUCCCCAACUGUUACCUUGGAAUUGCAGCGCCUGGCUUCCCCAACUACAUCAUCAUGAAUGGUCCUCGGGGCGCCUUGUGCAAUGGUACUGUGCUGCCUUCCUUCGAAUCGCAGAUCGAAUAUGGAAUUAAAAUGGCCAAGAAAAUGCAGAGCGAUCGCAUCAAGGCCAUGGAUGUGAAAGAGAACAUAACGAAUAUGUUGAACCGACAUGUUGACCAAUGGCACAAGGGCGGAGUGUGGUCAUCUGACUGUAAAAGUUGGUACAAGAACAACACCGUGAAUGGCAAGAUCAUGUGCUGGGGUGGUUCGUCUCUUCACUAUGUCAAGACGAUCAAGACACCACGAUGGGAGCAUUUCGACAUCACAUACAUGGAAGACGAUCCUUGGGCGUUCCUGGGUUCUGGACGAACCAAAGGCGAGGUUGACCAGGAUCUCGAGGCAAUGACUCCUCAUAUCAGGCUCUCGGAUACGCCAUGGGAGGUUGUUUAA